UUGUUAUUAUAUUACUCUUGUUGCUAAUUUAAACACUGUAUUAAAAUUUGGAUUAUACUUGUGUAAUCUCCCACACAACACUAACAAAUAAGAAUAAUUUCUGAGCUUAACUGUUUAUUUUUUGUUUAUAUGUAUUUAUAGGGUAUAUUUAUACUAAUACAUUACAUUUACAUGUUUAUACUUGUGUCUAAACAUUAUCAUUACCUUAAUGUUCUAUAGUUUUCAGCAUAAUAACGUAAAUAUAUAUGUAUUUUUUUUAAAAUACAUAUGUAUUUUUCUGUGUUAUGUAUACAUGAGCUAACAAGAUGGAGUGGAUUUCCGAAGAGAAAGAAAAUGAUAAAAAUGUACCCUAAGGCUGUUAAAAAUAUAGGAGCACUCUUGUGAAAGGUUUUAGGAGGAAAUUAGAAAUUACUCAUGUUGUGUAAGAAUGUAAAUGUCUCUCUUUGAAGGAAAAACAAACCCAUUUAACAACCUCAAGAAAUACUCAAAACGAUCAUUUUAUAUACAGAUGUAUUUUUUAAAUUACAGCAUUCUAGCUACAUGUAAAGCUAUUAAAUUAACAUAUCAUCUCACUUUCACUCACUAACAGUUGGUCUCGCCUUUGGAAACUGGCUGUUUCCUGUGUGAGCCGGUUACAGCAGAAGGCAGCUGGAAAUAUAAUAACAUUUCCACUUGUACGUUUGAUAACAGGAGAAACAAAACAGCUAGUUUUGACCAUGAGGUGACGCCGCCUGAGGAAUCCCUGUUUGUAGUUGCGGGGAGGAAACUCACCAUAUAUGGGCAGUGACGUCAGCCCCACGUGGCUUGAGUUCGUGAGAGAUUCCAGACAACACUAUUUCCCGUAAAGCGCGGAGGGGCGUGGCAAACCAAUUCUCCGGCUUUAAGGGUUUACAACUUGACAAUUACUCCCAGACUUCCGAUUCUACAUAGAUGACUAGGAAGCGGGCGGUGUGACUUGGACAACUUUCGGACGUUUUAGAUCGAUUUAAACAAAAGUCAAACACUUUUUCCCUUCCUUGCUCCCCUUCGGAUCGAUCUCGUUUGGACUCUACCGACUUACGGCAAUACAGUGGGCUUGCCCCCAGAGUAUGAAUUAACCUACAAGACUCAUCCCGAAAGCUACGAUCUAAAGGUUAUAUACACACACAACGGGGAUUGGGUUAGGUUGCCGUUUCACAGAAAGCCGGAGAGGAUGUAUCGAAACUUCGAGAGUCAAGGGAGAGGCAACCCGGUGUACGGAGGCAACCUGUCCGGGUCAAACUCCGCAUCACUGGGAAGCACCAGCACUUCCACCACACAGCAGGAGCAGAAAUUUACAAUGGCAGGCAGCAGCCACUUUGUCCCAAGCCUGAAUGCCAUCACGACAAACCAGGACCUCCAGUGGCUGGUCCAGCCCUCGCUCAUGCAUCCUCCAGGACCUUCGCGCUCACCAGUACCGCCCUACCCAUCCAUCGUGGGGACCCGGCCAAUGGGUCCGCCGCUUUCCCAGUCCCAUCUCAUCAGACCCGGGGUCAUAAGGGCAGCUGCUAAUACCCCACCGUCCACAAGGCGCAGGAAUGAUGAGCAGUUGUCACUUGAAGAACUGGAAAGACGCAGGAUCAGAAGGGAAAGGAAUAAAAUGGCAGCAGCAAAAUGUCGCAAUCGCCGCCGUGAGCUGACUGACUCAUUACAAAAUGAAACCGAUCAGCUGGAGGACGAGAAGUCACGUCUGCAGAAAGAAAUAGCUGAACUGCAGAAGGAGAAGGAGAAGCUCGAGUUGGUCCUGGAAGCCCACCGUCCCAUCUGCAAAAUAGACGACUCUGACUCCGAUUCUGAUGACACGCCUUCACUUUCCUCUUUGGGAGCCAUCAAACUGGAACCAGAGGAAUCCAUCAUUCCGCGACCCUUCACAAAAAAGGCAGAGAAGCCCAAACCGAAGAUAAUAAUCCCGGCCAAACCGGUGGCGUCCACCGCCUCGGUCGUCGCCUCCGAGUCCGAGUCGCUCCACACCCCGGUCCUCAUAUCGACGCCGUCCCUGCUGUCCUUCUCCGCCGGCAUGGUUUUCACGUAUCCGUCCUCCACGUCAGAUGCAGCAGCGCCCGCCGUGUCCCAUCAGGCCUUGCACCCUCAGGCCCAGCAGCCCUGCGGAGUCGCCCAUCGGCGCAGCAGCAGCAGUGGCGACCAGUCGGAUCACUCCCUGCACUCGCCGACCAUUCUCACCCUGUGAUCGCCCGACAAAACACUACAACUGGUUCCGGUUCCAGCCCAAACGCAGGAUCUCUGCGAAACGCUGAUGGAAACAAGGACGAUGACUGUUUUAGGCAUUUCAAGAUGAUCAGCUGCUUCGUUAUUUAAUCUCUGAUCUCAGCUGACUCUCAAGGCGUCGUGCACACGUAGCCGGGUUUUUAUAAAACAAAUAUCUCCCCUACAUCGAUUUUAAAACACAAAUAUCGCACACGAGAGAUCAGUUUCAGAAAAGUUUCAAUCACAUGAACCCAAACACACAUACAACAGUAUGACGGAGUAUUAGGGCCAUGCUAAGAAAAUAAGAGAAUUAAAUUUUGAGAAUAAUCACAUAUUACGAGAAUAAAGUCAUAAUAUUAUGAUUUUAUUCUUGUAAUUUUAUUUUUUCUUAGUAUGGCCACAUAUGUACGACAGAAUAUUAGGGCAAGGCUAAGAAAAAUGUAAUAACAUUUCACGAAAAAAUUUAUAAAAUUAUGAAAAUAAAGUCAGAAUAUUACAAGAAUAAAUUAGUGUUACAAAAAUAUGAAAAUAAGGUAAAAUGAGGCACUGAGCAACUUGUAAAGUUAUACUUUGCAAUUUGUUUUACAGAUGAGGAAAUACUGAAGUUAUUAACUCAGCAGCAUCAAUAGCAGGACUCUGAAACGACUAAGUCUGUUACUACAACUUUACUCUCUAUAAUAAGAUUUUAUUCUUGUAAUAAAAUCUUUAUUCUCGUAAUUUAAACGUUUUUAACUUUUUAGCCUGGCUCUAAUACUCUGCCGUACAAAUACACUCUUAAGCUUGUUUUAAACAUGCCAAACCCACAGGGGGCAGUGUAGUGCAAAGCUAAAGUCCAUGUCAGCUAAUCAGGUUGCUUCAAAACAACCAGACUUCCUGUUAGGAUUUAAACAUGGCGCCAAGAGGUUCAUUUGUGUGGGUAUAUGUUUAACUACUUUGAAACAGCUUAUAUUUAUUUUAUAUAAAUAUAAAUAAUAAAAUACAGGCAAAUGUUAUUGGGAAUCAUGUCAAAGCAGGUUUGUGGAUAUAUUGCUGCAUUAUUUCCUCAAAUCUCCACUCUGGUUGGAUGAAAGGCCAAAAUGUCUAAAAAUGACUGGACCUUGGAUGGCAUGAAAAUCUGUGGCAUUAUCAAAAUUUGAAUGUUACACUCUUUGUUUUUUUUUUUGUUUAACAUAAAGUUGAUAUAUUUUUUACUUUUUUAAGCUAUAAGAUGAAAUGAAUGUUUUUUUAUUGGGGAAAAACUGCAUGCACUAUAUAAAUAUAAAAAAAUAUAUACUCUAACAGAAAAAAAACUUAGGCUCUCUUAAAGUAUAACAUGAGAACUGAGUUAAUGCAAGAAUAAUAACUAUAUUUUUAUCUUUUUUUAUUUUGUGGAAGUUGUUAACGGCCGAUGGUGUGCUCAUAACUACCAGCCUUACUGUGUGUGUCGAUCCUUUUAGACUACAGAUAUUUAUACAGUUUAUUGACAACUAAGGCUGGCCCGUAGGAGUUGAUAUAGAUUAUAUAAUCGUCUAUUUAUUAGAGUUUUUAGAGUGUAAUAUAUUUUUGGUAAUGUUUAGAUUUUCUGUUUUGGUGGGCAGUGCCUUAUUGUUAUUUUUAACUUCAGACUUGUACGAAGUCACAGAGAAUAAAGAAAAGUCUGCAUGAAAAAA